GAAGUUGAAAAGAGAGACAUUUUGGUUUUUGAAGUAAAAACAAAAAGGAUGGGCUGGAUGUUUGUGCACCUGCUGAUCCUUAUGACAUUCAGCUGUCUGGCUGAAGAUAAGACAAAGGUUUCUGUUUCCUGCCCAGACUUCCAGAAAGCCUUUGGAGGCUCCUGCUUUGAGUUUGUGGAUGUACAGCAUACUUUUUUCAGUGCGCAGGCUUGGUGUGAGCAGCGUAGUGGACACCUUGUAUUUAUCCCAGAUGAAGAAACUCAAUAUUUCCUUAAAAGAUUCUUAGAUCCCAAGAAGGAUGUGUGGCUUGGAGUUGCACCUUCUGCCUUUCCAAACCUGCAAAAUUCUUCAACUGUUGAAGACUCUGGGAGAUCCAUCGUGUGUGGAGGUCGUAACGCCACUCUGCAGUGCGGUUCUCAUCAAGUCCUAAUGAUAGAUGUCGGCUUCUACGGUCGUAAGAACAUCCAUUACUGUCGAUCCACGCUCUCCCCCCCAUCUCCAUCCACAGAACAUCGGUGUGGCUGGGUGGAUGUUGUUGCAUCAUUAACAGCUCACUGCCACGGCCGUCAGGUCUGCCAGAUUGCUGACAUUGUGGACUCCUUUGGUGACCCCUGUCCUCAGCUGGGGAGCUACCUGUCUGUAGACUACCACUGCAAAGAUGGUACAAAUGUGACCUACCGAAUCCAGAGUGAGGCAAAUUUGUUGUCAAACACAUCUGUGUUCAGAGGAAAUGUUUCCCAGAACAUCACAGUGGCUCCAGAAAGGAUGAAGCAGCUAGGGCUUGGCUGCCACCAGCUAACCCUUUAUGCAUCUAACACGGUCACGUUCCCUGAAAUCUCCACAGGCCUGCAAGUGCAGGAUUUCACAGCUGCCUCAGGCUCUUCAGAAGAUCUUGAGGCUACAGUGGAGUAUUAUGUGUCUCAGCUAAAGAAACAAGGUCUACUGUCAGGUGAAACUCUCCGUGAGAAGAUGCUGAACAUAAUGAUUGACAUGGUAAAUGAAACUGCCACCAACACAGGAGAAGAAGUUCAGGUGAUAGCCAGAGGACUUGCUGCUAUCGUCAUGAAAGGCACUGAGCUCAGCUCCUCUGCUCAGAUGCUGAGUAUGAACAAAAACCCAUUCUCCUGGAAUAAAAGAGGGAACAUCAGUGGUCAAAUAGGUGCUCUCUCCCUUACAACAAAAAAUGGCUCCAGUAUCCCUGUGGAGAACUUGCGUGAGGAUAUUAAGAUUCUGUUGCCGAGGCCUGUUGGAGAGCAGGUAAACACCUCUGUGUUGGACCUAAGGAACUUCAGCACAACGUCCAUAGACAUUCCUGCUGACACUACGCUGGUGUUAAAGAUGGUGCCUUCAAAUGAUCCUCUACCCUUCAAACUGCUCCUUGGUUAUAUGGACUACCCCACUGAAACAAAUAAUGUAGCUAUGACAGAAAUGCCUCACCAGGGAACAACACAAGGUCCAGGUAUAAAAUCUAUCAAUGCCACUUUAUCAAUUACCUCCAUCACCACUGCGUGCAAAUUUUGGGAUGAAUCACAAUUGGAGUGGAGCACUUAUGGAUGCAGGGUUGGUGUUAAGACAACAAAUUUAGUCACCCAGUGCCUCUGCAACCACCUCACCUCCUUUGGUAGCUCUUUCUUCGUCACUCCCAACAUUGUCGACCCAUCACGCACCGCUGAGCUUUUCGGGACUUUUGCUGAGAAUCCUGUUGUUGUCUGCUUUGUGGGGUCACUCUUUCUGGCCUAUCUCUUGGUGCUUGUGUGGGCACGACGGAAAGACGUCCAAGACACAGCCAAGGUGAAGGUGACUGUGUUGGAAGACAACGACCCCAUGGAUGAGUACCGCUACCUGUUGAGUGUCAACACUGGGCAUCGGAGAGGAGCCUCCACUUCUUCUCAGGUGACAAUCACUCUGCUGGGUGCAGAGGGAAACAGUGAACCACAUCAUCUGGCAAAUCCAAAGAAACGUGUGUUUGAGAGAGGUGCGGUGGAUCUGUUCCUGCUAACUACACCUUUCUCCCGUGGAGAGCUGCAGGGCAUCAGGCUGUGGCACAACAACUCAGGGAGCCAUCCUGCCUGGUAUGUAGGCAAUGUCAUGGUGCAGGAUUUACAGACGGAGCAGAAAUGGCAUUUUCUAUGCAACUCCUGGCUGGCCAUAGACAUGGGGGAUUGUUCCCUCGAUAAAGUUGUUCCUGUUUCGACAGAGAUGGAUUUGAAGAGUUUCAGCAACUUGUUCUUUAUGAAGACUACAAAGGAUUUCAGUGACGGACACCUCUGGUACUCUGUGGUCAGUCGCCCAGCAAGUAGCACCUUCACUUGUGUACAGAGAGUUUCCUGCUGUUUCACCCUGCUGCUCUGUACCAUGCUGACCAGUAUCAUGUUUUAUGGAAUCCCAAAAGAUCCCUCUGAGCAGACCAUGGACCUGGGUCGUUUUGAGUUUACCUGGCAACAGUUCAAAAUUGGAGUUCAGAGUUCCCUCAUUAUGUUUCCCAUCAAUAUCCUUAUUGUUAGCAUCUUCAGAAACACUCGUCCUCAGGAGAUAUCUUGCUGCAAGCGCAAAAAUGAAAAACCAGAUGCCCGUAAACAGACCUUUAUCUCACAGACAGCUACCACUGACAUGAAUGUCAAUGUCACUUUAGACACUGUCACCAAGGAUAUCACAAGAAUUGCCCAUUCACUAUCAAUGAAAAGCAACAGGCCUGGACAAGCAGUUGAUAUCAACACUGUCCUUUCUGUGGUGGAGGACUUCAUCACACAAAAUCACAAAGCCAGCGACACCACCCAGCCCAAAUCUCUGAACUCUGGCAACCUUGGUCAGCCUCAGCUACAAGAAGGCAGUGCUAAUAUGCAUCGUGGUUCAACAGGGGAAGGGAUUCAAAAGCAAAGCAACAAAGCCAAGUAUCUCUACCGGCAGCUGUGUCACAUUGACAAAAAGCUGGUCCUACUAGGACCAUCCAACUUCCCCGCUCCACAUAUCUACAGCCAGGCUCUGCAGCAGGUCCAGGACAUGAAGGGACAUCUCCAAGAUCAGCUCUACACUUUCAGCUGUAUUGACCCGAAUGAACUCACCCCGAAGAAGUUGAGCCCUGCAGACAGCCCUUUGAGUGAUGGGAGUCUGAAGAAACGGGGGUGCUGUCAUGGAGGACUACCCUGGUGGUUUGUUUUUGUUGGCUGGCUGCUCGUGAUCUCGAGUAGUUUUGUAGCGGGAUUUUUCACGAUGCUUUAUGGGUUAAAAUUUGGGAAGGAACGCUCUGUGAGCUGGUUGGUGUCCAUGAUUGUCUCCUUUUUUCAGAGUAUCCUCGUCAUUCAGCCAUUAAAGGUGAUAUGUCUUGCAGUCUUCUUUGCACUUGUCACAAAGAAAAUUGAUGAGGAAGAUUUUCAUAAUGUUGCGUUUGAAGGAAAUGACAGAAAUUUAGCUUGUAAGGACCAAAACCUAGUCAGACGGGAGAGACGUCUCUAUGAGCCGCCUCCUCCUGCAGACGUUGAGAAGAUGAGAAGGAACAUGAUCAUGGAACAGAAAGCCUUUGCCCUUCUCAAGGAGAUUUUGACCUACAUGGGGUUUAUGUGGAUGUUGCUGCUUGUGGCGUACGGCCAAAGAGAUCCCAAUGCCUUUUUCCUGACGCAGCACAUCCGGAACAGCUUCAGUGGAGGCAUCUCCGACAGUAUGAGUCUUGAGGAUGUGUUCACUUGGGCUAACACAUCGCUACAAAGUAACCUUUUUGGAGUUUAUCCAGGAUUUAUCACAGAUGGAAACUCUAAGCUAGUGGGUAAUGCCCGUCUUCGUCAAGUGAGAGUGCAGAAGAACUCCUGUCAGACUGCAGGCCCCGUGGUCCAGUUUGUACCAGACUGUCACGCUCCAUACUCAUGGGAGGCGGAGGACAUGGGCUCUUAUGGCCCUGGCUGGAGCCAAUCUGACAAAGAUAAUAUCUCUACGAGCACCUCCAGCCCGUGGACGUACCAGACACAGGCUCAGCUCAGAGCUUAUGCUGUCUGGAGCCAACUGGUGCUCUACAGAGGCGGUGGCUUUGUAACGGAGCUCGGCCCGGAUUCACAAAAUGCAAGCAGCACCCUCGAGUAUCUGUUCAGGAACAAAUGGCUGGAUAUUUACACAAGGGCAAUCUUUGUCGAGUUCACCGUUUAUAAUGCUAAUGUGAACCUCUUCUGCAUUGCCACACUCUUCCUGGAGACCACAGCUGUGGGAGCGUUUCAUUUCACCAGUGAGCUGCAGAGUGUUCGUCUUUACCAAUCACCUGAUGGUCUUUACAUCUUCGUUAUGGCGGCUGAGAUUGUGUACCUGCUUUUCAUCUUCUACUACAUGUUCCUGCAGGGCAAAUUAAUGAAGCAACAGCAGUGGGCUUACUUCAGGAACAGAUGGAACCUUUUUGAGCUGACUAUUAUCUUACUGAGCUGGAGCACCGUGGCUGUCUUCAUCAAGCGGACCCUGCUUGGGAACCGUGAUAUGACCUACUUCCAAAACCACAAAGACAAAUUUCCCAGUUUUUACGACACAGCCAAAGCCGACUCAGCGCUCCAGUAUCUGAUUGCCUUCCUGGUCCUGCUCUCCACCUUCAAACUGUGGCUCCUGCUCCGACUGAACCCCAAGAUGAACAUGAUCACGGCUGCACUGCAGCGGGCCUGGAGCGACAUAAGCAGUUACCUUGUGGUCAUUGUGAUCAUGUUACUGGCAUACUCUAUUACGUGCAACGUGAUGUAUGGCUGGCAGCUGUCCUCUUACAGAACAUUGUUGGAUUCUCUCAUGACUAUCAUCAGUUUGCAGAUAGGCAUCUUCAACUAUGACGAGGUCAUUGACUGCAGCCCUGUACUCAGUGGACUAAUCUUCACUUCCUGUAUUGUGUUCAUGACGUUCGUGGUGCUCAAUCUCUUCGUAUCAGUGAUCCUCGCAGCAUUCACAAAGGAGCGAAUAUGUCACAAGCCCUCUGACGAGGAGGAGAUUGUCAACCUCAUGCUGAAGAAAAUCUGCUGUCUUUUUGGCAUCAGAUAUAACGAUCCUGACACCCUGAGGCAGGAUGUGAACAGGAACGGAGAUGUGCCUUAAUAACAGCAGAAAUAUCCUUAACAAUUCCACAAUCGAUGGAACAUGUUUCAGAAAUGUGGAAAGCUAGUAAACACCAAGCAACAUUUCGUUGCAUUUCAUAUGUGAUUGUUUUUGAUAUGUUCACAUGUUCAUUUAAUCAAUUGGUAUUGUUUGCUUGUUCUCUGCUGGGCGGUUAUAUGAUGCUGUUCUGCACUGUGAUUGUGACACAGUAAGGUGGGAUACAGAUUACAUUCUUCAAUAUUAGAUAAGACAUCAUCUUACAUACACAAGAGACAUACACAUCUAAUGAAGCUAAAAGAGAAGAAAAACAAUGCUCUGAAAGAUAACUGUAAACAGACAAUGUUU